AUGGAGGACAACGAAGCGUCUUUGAUCGAAGAUCUCGCCGUUCAUAUUUUGUCCAUAUUGGAAAAAACCAGCCUAUCAAGUGGUAUCCAAGGCCUACACUCAGAUGAGGAUGUUCAACCCAAAAAAAAGACAAGAAAAGAUGGGGAUGAAGCGGACACGGUCGAAGAAACCACAAGUGCAAGUGAUGCUUCAGCUAUGUUGAGGAAUUCAAGUGAAAGAGCUUUCAAAGGAAUACCUUCUAAUGGAUUAGAACACACCGUCUGCAUCUACUGCGCAGAUACGUUACAGUACUCUUUUGCCAGCCAUCUCUCCGUGGGUUUCCACCGGAAAGGCAUUUCUGCAUCAGUAAAUUGCAAUGGGACUCUGGAUGUGAUAGAGGAAGCCAGCGCCUCUGUGGUGGUUAUAUCUAAGACUUACUUGUCCUCCCCCUCAUGCCUGGACAAGCUCGUGAAGGUUCUUCAGCUGGUCCAGCUGGUGGUUCCAGUAUUCUAUGGUAUUAGUCCAUCAGAUGUGGCGGUGGAGAAGGAGCAAGAAUCAGCUGAUCGGGUUAAAGAUUGGAGUAGCGCGCUCCAAGAACUGAGAGAAUUACCAGGCACACACUCUAGGGAGGAAUCUAGUGAGUGCGAACUUGUGGAAGAGAUUGUCAAAGACGGACUGUACCGUUUGUUGGAUGAACAUUUUGGGAAAAUUUUGAAGGAAAUUCCUCGUGUAUGCAGUAGCAUUACAAGACCUAGCCUCCCCGGGGAAAAAAUAAGCAAGAAGAGAACUCUUGUUGGAAAGGAACUGUCAGAAAUGGAGACGACGCUCCUCAACUUCAGGCUACGUGCUCCAUAUAAGAUCCAUGAUUUAUUCAAGAGCAGCUACGAAUCACUUAACGACAACGAGAAGGACAUUUUUCUGGACAUUGCUUGUUUCUUCAAGGGAGAAGAUGUUGACUAUGUGAUGCAGCUGCUUGAGGAAUGUGGUCUUUUUCCACAUGUUGGGAUUGAUGUCCUUGUGGAGAAGUGUCUGGUGACUAUUUCAGAAAACAGAGUUGAAAUGCAUAGAAUAAUUCAAGACUUUGGCAGAGAAAUAAUCAACGGAGAAACAGUACAGAUUGAGAGGCGUCGCAGACUGUGGGAACCUUGGACAGUCAAAUUUCUACUUGAAGAUGACAAACUUGAAGCCAAUGAAUAUCCCAAACCAACCUGUAAACGUGCUUUGGGCACUGAAGACAUCGAAGGCAUAUUUCUGGACACAUCGAAUUUACUUUUUGAUGUGAAGCCCACUGCUUUUGAGAAUAUGCUUAACCUUAGAUUCCUGAAGAUUUACUGUUCCAGUCAUGUAAACCACUGUGAACUCUGCCUUCCAAGAGGACUUGAGUCUCUACCUUAUGAGUUAAGACUUCUCCACUGGGAGAACUAUCCUUUGCAUUCCUUGCCACAAGACUUUGAGCCGAGCCACCUUGUUGAACUCAAUAUGUCUUACAGUCAGCUUCAGAUGCUCUGGGGAGGAACCAAGAACCUCGAUAUGCUGAAGAUGGUCAGGCUUUGUCAUUCCCAGCAGCUGACUGAAAUUGGCGAUAUUUGUAAAGCUCAAAACAUCGAGCUAAUAGAUCUCAAAGGCUGUAUAAAACUGCAGAGUUUUCCAGCCACGGAUCAUUUACAGCACCUCCGAGUUGUGAACCUCUCAGGUUGCAGAGAGAUCAAAAGUUUCUCGGAGGUUUCACCAAAUAUUGAAGAACUAGAUCUCCAGGGAACUAGCAUAAGAGAAUUACCGAUAUCCAUUGGAAAUGCCACUAGUCUUAGAAAUUUGGAGGAGAUUUCUUGUAUUACGAAUUCAACUAGUCUCAUAUCUAUGGAUCUCGAUGAAGACAAUAGCCUGCCUGUUGUUACUAUUAGCGACAACUCAGGAUCCAGGUGUAUCGAGGUUAGGCGCGCAAAGAGAGGGAAGUUGUACGUCCUCAGGGGUGAACAGAAUGAUGAACACCAUGUGUCCUUCACUUUUAUUCUUCGAGAUGAGAAUGAAAUUACUUUGAGCAGUUGUUUCCCCUUCUAUCAAGAAAGCGACAAUGCUUCUAAGGUGUCGAGAGAGGUGGUUGAGUUACUCGAGUCAACUGACCUUGACGUCACGUUUUUAGCUGAGCUGAUUGAUAUAUUACUUGUCAACUUGAUACCCACGUGGAAAACCGAUGUGACUGUCGAUCAUCUCAUCCCUUGGCAAUCGCCACUGAAUCCGAACUCAAGAAGUCAGCAGAACGAAGCUAAGACCCAGAAAGAUUGGACGUGGUCAAGAUCUCCCCCUCCGCCACCGCAACAACCACCGUCUCCGGCAUCGACAACCACCACAAGGAGCCACGAAAAUUCUUCAACUCUUCACAUGUUGAUACCAAAUCCAUCUCAUUAUCAAGUCUACGCUAAUGCCAUGUCUAUGCAUCAACUUCCACAUCAGCAUAACCAACAGCCGACGUGGCAGUCUCCUUCAUCCUCCGAUCAUCAUCACAACAGCCAAACCGAGAUCGGGACCGUCCACGUGGAAAACAGCGGAAAAGGCUUGUCUUUAUCUCGGUCGUCGUCUUUACAGGCUGCAGAAAAAGCCGAGGAGUAUAGAAACAUUUACUAUGGAAGCAAUUCUUCUAACGCACCAUCCCAUCAUCAAUACAAUCAAUUGAAGACUCCCUUUGCUGAUUUCUCUCAACACCAUCAAUUACCAAACCAGUUCCGAUCGUCUCCUGCGGCUUCUACCUCUUCCAUCGGAGCGACCAAUAUCUUAAGAAACUCGAGGUACACGAAGGCCGCUCAAGAGUUGUGGGAGGAGGUUUGUAGCGUUGGAAGAGAAUUUACUAAGAAAGCCAAAACUAGGAACAGCUUAAACCCUAAUACUAGCGGUGGCAGUGGCGGUGGCGGCGGCUCACCAUCCUCGGCCAGAGCAAUAAAGGAUCAUCCUCCUUUGUCGGCAUCUGAUCGGAUUGAGCAUCAAAGACGGAAAGUGAAGCUACUCUCCAUGCUUGAUGAGGUGUACCGACGGUACAACGAUUACUGCGAGCAUCUGCAGGUGGUUGUAAACUCUUUAGACAUAGUAAUGGGCCCUGGGGCGGCGUUACCGUACACAGCUUUGGCUCAAAAGUCUAUGUCAAGGCAUUUUCGAUGUCUUAAAGAUGCCGUCGCGGCUCAGCUUAGACAGAGCUGCGAACUUCUUGACAAAGAUGGAGCCGGAAUAUCUUCUUCCGGAUUAACUAAAGGUGAAACGCCGCGGCUGCGUUUGGUAGAACAGAGUUUGCGUCUGCAACGUGCGUUUAAUCAAAUGGGGACGAUGGAACAAGAAGCUUGGCGGCCACAACGCGGUUUGCAUGAACGCUCCGUUAGUAUCCUUAGAGCUUGGCUCUUCGAGCAUUUCCUUCACCCGUAUCCAAGCGAUGCAGAUAAGCACCUCUUGGCUCGUCAGACUGGUUUAUCCAGAAAUCAGGUGUCAAAUUGGUUCAUAAAUGCUAGGGUUAGAUUAUGGAAACCAAUGGUGGAAGAAAUGUAUCAAUCAGCAGCAGACGCAGACACAGCAGUAGAGACAGGUCAAGGUCUUGGAUCACCCGACAUCGAUGCUUACGAAAAUGACCCUUCAUCACUUCUACUCCCUGCCUCCUCCUAUUCCAAGGCUGCCUCAGUCUAGCUACCAUCUAUGAAAUCUCAGCUCAUAUCAUUGUACAUAGCACCCUUGAAUUGAGAAAUAAAACCGUUUUUAUUUUGAGAGUUCUCUCUAAUUUUUUUCUUUGUAUUGAGUGUCAAACUACAAGAGCCCCAAACUGUGUAGUAAAUGCCUUUCGUAGCCUUUUUGGUAUUUUAUGAUCCGUCAACCGAUUA